AUGGACAACAGAUGGUUGCAGAACAAAACCAACAUCGCCUACAUUUCGCGACUGGACCUUCUCUCCACGAAUGACGAGUGUACCGUCAUUCAUCUGUGGUACGUCGCUCCUUCUGCGCUUGGUCUCCUGCAGAGCAAUCACGUGAAAUCUGAUACGCUCUGCAGUUCCGAGAAGGGCAUGCAGGUCAGCGUCUGUGGAGACUGUUCUCGCGUUGCAAAUACACCGCCUGAGACAGUCUCCAUGGCGAGUCGUGCGUGUGUCGCCUUGGUCCAGAAUCAAAGAUGUCUUGAGCAACCUGAGAUUUGUCUGGGAGGGCAGGGCCCAGUGUACAGGGAACAGGCAGAAAAUAUGCUGGAGUUGCAAAAAGAUUUUUCCCCAAACUAA